GUAACGGUGAUAACGAAGAGAAUCAUUGUUACAAAUCUGGUAUAUGUCUCAAUCACGUGAAAGUAUUAGAUGAUGCUGAUUUUAAAUAUAUUAACGAAUUAUGCGAAAAUCAUUCCGGUUGGAAUAUAGUAUAUAAUAAGGACAUUAUUAAAGCUAAAGCAUUGCUAACUGAUGUGCCUGCAGCAACAGUCUACGAUGUUCUGCAUGAUCCACAGUACAGGCCUAAAUGGGAUAAAUAUCACGUUGCAACCAUUGAUAUCGGCCUAAUUAAUCCCAAUAAUGAUAUUUGUUAUUACGCUGUAGGAGGUAUGCCACCGUUACAGAUUCGAGAUUUUGUUCUCCAACGAUCAUGGUUAGAUACCGGUAACGAAAAAUAUAUUUGUAGCCAUUCAAAAUUUCCGCCUGUUGAAGGAUAUAUCAGAGGCAUUGUAUAUUUAGCAGCAUAUUAUAUCCGUGAUAUGGGUCAAGACGGUUGUCAGAUUACCUAUAUCAAUCAUUCCGAUCCAAAAGGUAAAUUCAUUGAUCUUUUCAGCAUAAUUUCAUCAACUGCUCUGUAUUUAGUUGAAUACUUUUAUUUCAAUCAUAACAGAUUAUAA